AUGUCACUCAUGGGUGCUAUGCUGCACGGCCAGAGCCAUAUCUUCUCAUGCUCCAUCACCAGCUGCUUCACACUUCACACACUGAUUUCACCUGACAGCACCUCCCUGCUGAUCUCAAAGAGGUUGUGAACGACAGUCAAAGAUAUUGAGAUUCAAAAAUGUAUCCCUUUGUGUGCUUCAUUCUGCUUGUGAGUCUCGAAGGAAUAAAAACUGAUCACAACAAAACAAAUGAUGUGACAACAAUGUCCAACAAGAAUGAAGAAACUGAUGCAAACAACAGUGUAGAAACACCUGUGACGAUGUACAUCAACAGUAAUGAAACGCCUACAACAGUGCACACCAGCAGUACGGGAACGUGCAACACCAACAGCUAUUGCCAGACAAACGCUAACUGCAUUAAAGCAUCAGACUGCCUAAUCAAUCUCGUGAACAUGAAAGAAAAUUUGCUAUUUUUCAUAAUCGCAUUUCUCUUGCUUGUCUGCAUUUUGUUGCUGCUGAUUAUCAUGUGCCUGGCCUGCAAACGCUGCAGAGGUGUCAGGAACGACAAGAUGGUCAUAAUGAAAUCGUCUAGGAGGAGCAGUGUAAACGGUGGGCCUUCUGAAGUUGAAGUCAGAUAUUCCUCUGUGAAAGUGGAGAUUGAGACAACCCCAGAUGAGGAACAGGAGAGAACCCCAGAAGAGGAGGUGGGCGGAGCAGCUGCUGAAGUCAGAAACCAGGUCAAAGAGAACCAAAAUUCAGCCAGUGACACCACUGAGACCAGUGAGACCGCGCCCACCCAAGAAGUCGAUCAGUCCGGCCAAACAGAUCUGAAGAUUGAAGAUUUGGAAAAGGCAGAAUAGAAAUCCUCCUGGCAUCACCAAAACAACCCACACAACUCCAACUGCCGGUGGAACUGAAUUCAGAGCCAUAUCCGGUGUAUUCGUGUCUCUCGUUUCGCUUCUGUUUCUGGGCAACCAAUUUAUAAGAACUUUGUGCUGAAUUUAGUGAAGACUUUAAGGAUAACGUAUUGCUAAUGUAAAUGACUUAAUACCACUGAAGCAGUUAUAUAAUAUAAAAAAAUGUAAUAAAGAAUUGUAAUGAAUAGUUAAUAUUUUUUUGGUAAGAAAUAACAUAAUUGAAUAAAUCAUGUCUUGUCUCUUUUUUCAAUCUGGUUCUGUAAUCAGGGCAAGCAGGAUGAUGUCUAUAAUAAGGCAACUUUAAACAUUAAAAGGUGCAAAUCUGGAUUAUAGGUGGCUAGAUUUGUUGUAUAUUAUAUUUGUUUGGAUUUGUUGAGUGUCGGGAGUUAGUGUCAGAAACAGGCACACUCGUUCAGAAGGCUUUUCCGCAGCUUCUCCUGUCCAGUUAUUUUCAGUUUUCUUGCUACUUUUCAAGAUCUUUGACUGUAUUGAAAAGAGUUAUCCUGUUUGAUGUUAGCAAUGCUAAUAAGGUAAAAAAAUAAAAUAAAAUAAAGAGA